UUUAGCAAUUUUCCACUUUUCUUCUUUAACAUAUUUAAUUGUCAGAAAAAUGCAUUUAAUAGUUUAUAUCUGAUACUGGUUAAACAAUAAAACUGAGGAAUGUUUUCCUUUAUUAAAACCAAUUAAAGUCUCAAUAAAUGCCAUGAGAUUAUUUAUAAAUUAUACAUCAUGUUUAAAGAGUGUGUGCAUUUGACACUAGGACUGUCAGGCUUUAUUGUGGGAGGAUUCACACACCGCAUGAAGAGACUAAGAGUUUCCAGCUGAGAGAUUUUUCAACAAACAACUGAAGAAAAUGGUUUGCACAUUUGCUUUGUUCUGUUUGUGCUGGUGGUGUUUGACUGGUGUGUUUUGUGAGUCCGUGUCAGUGAUGGAGGGAGAUUCAGUCACUCUGAACACUGAUCUUACUGAAAUACAUGAAGACGAUGACAUACUGUGGAAAUUUGUGUAUGAAAAGUCUCUGAUAGCUCAAAUCAAGAGAAAGAAACAAAUCUUCCCUGAUGGGAGAUUCAGAGACAGACUAAAGAUGCACAGUCAGACUGGAUCUCUGACCAUCACAAACAUCACAACUGAACAUGCUGGACUCUAUGAAGUAAAGAUUAUUGGAGUAAAACGGUCAACAAAAACAUUCAGUGUUUCUGUCUAUGCUCAUCUGCCCACUCCUAACAUUACCAGAGAUCCUUCACAAAACCAUUUGUCAUCAUCAUCAUCAUCACAGCAGAAUUGUUCAUUGUUGUGUUCAGUGGUGGUAAAUUUGAGCCAUGCGACUCUCUCCUGGUACAAAGGAAACAGUUUAUUGUCCAGCAUCAGUGUGUCUGAUCUCAGCAUCAGUCUCUCUCUACCUCUGGAGGUGGAAUAUCAGGAUAAAAACACCUACAGCUGUGUGAUCAACAAUUCGGUCACUAACCAGACUCAACAUCUUCAAUAUCACUCAAAUAUGUCAUAUUCACUCAGGUACGAUAUAGUGAUGAUAGCAGGGAUUAUUUAUUAAGCUGAUCUCUGGUUUUGACAUAAAAAUAAACAGUCAUGAACGGGUUAGUUCACCCAAAAAUGAAAACUACCCCACAAUUUACUCACCCUCAAGCCAUCCUGUUUCUCAGAUGAAUACAAUCUGAGUUAUGUUCAAAAAGUUCUGGCUUCUUCAAGCCUCAUAAUGACAGUGAAUGGUGGAUGAGCUUUCUAGCUUCUGCCGUACGCUCGUUCCCAAGAGGUGAACGUGAUUUCACCAAGUACAACAUGUUCC